GCCUGGAGAGGAGCAGGCUCCGGGCGCGGGAGAGGCUCAUUUAGCUCCCCCGACACCCCGCUGGGAUCUCCCUCGCUGCGCUCUGGGUCCCCCGGCAGAGAUGGGAAACCAAAGCACAGAGAGGCUUUUGACCUGUCCAGAGCCACAUAAGUCAAUGGCAAAACUGGGAAUAGAACUAUUGUGAUCGAGCUGGAGUUCUUCACUCCCAAUCCUGUGCCCAAGCUGCUAGACUGUUUACUACCCAUGGAUCUCUAUAAAACAAUUCUGAGAAGGAUCAUCAUCAUGAGCUCCAUGGAAGAAGUGGAAACUGAAGAGACAGUAACUUGUCUCCAUAUAACUUUGUACCAUCCUUGCCAAGAAGAAAAGCAGGUGUUUCGCAGCUUAAAAUUCCACAAGCGAGAGCGGCGCAGGGUAGAUGAAGUGGCAAAGUUUGGCCGAGAUUCUAACAUCUGCCAUUAUAAUUUAAUGGAUACCCGUGUUUCCCGGGUUCAGUUUACCCUGCAGUUUUUCAGGCAACUCAACAGCUCAGAACUUGGUUUUGAGAUAAAGAACAUGAGCAAAAAGACCAAGCUAAUUGUGGACAAUGUGGAACUGGACUACCUAAACAAAAUUGACCUGCCAUGGAAAUGCAUCAUUCGCUUUGGAGACUACCAACUCUUAAUGCAAAGACAAGAUGGGGAAUCAGUGGAUUAUUUUGAGACUUGCUUUGAGUUGGCCCAAGCUUCACUUUUGCAAGAGAGACACCUGCCUUUACUGCAGCCCAUACCCGAGUGUGGCAUUUCUCCUUCUUUGGUCUAUUCCCAAGGAGUAAGACCAAUAGAGAUGGAUGAAAAUGAUUUGUGAUAGAAGGGAGAAGGUUGCUUUCAACAGUGUCCAAUACCUAAUUCAGUAUGACGUCAGAGGACCAAAUCUGAUCUCCUCAGUGCACUGCAUUUGUUUUGCUUUCCGUAGUUGCCACUGUUGUGGUAUGUAUUCUUCCUCUCUUGCACACUGUUUAAACAUAUCAGAACGUACUCGUUUACAAAUGUCAUUAGACCUGCAUCAUCUUUAUUUAAUGUCCAUCCUGUCUCCUCCCCUCCACUGUCUUAUCACCUUCUAUGUUUGUCUGGGGUAAACCCCAAUUAGAGUUAGUGGAUCUUUGCCUGGGCCUAAAGGCUCAUGGUAGCAGAUCCAACUGUAGGAUUGGGGCCAUAGAGCAUAAGCUUUUUCAGACAGGGUGGACCUGCCCUAUAGUGCUGCUAUGUGGCCAGGUGUCCUGUAGAUGCUCCCUGCCUCACUUUCCCCAAGUGGGCUAUCCGUAAGUUAAAUGAGGCUUUAUUUAGGGAAUAGCAUCCCUCUGAGGGGUCUAGUUUAUUAAGCAGAGCCUCAAUGAAAAUGCAUCCAAACCUUCACUCCAGUGUCUCAGCUGGGAGACAAUCAAUCUUAAUUUAUCCAUCCCACGUGAGUCCACCAGUCCACUCCAGCAGCGCUCUCGCUUCAGGCUUCUUGCCACUAUCUGGGAAGAAUUCUUUCCCCAGAAUCAGAUCUAUCAGCUGUAGCUCUUCUCUGUAGCAGCAUGUAGUUUCUGACAGCCUGGCCAUUCCCUGUGUCUAAGAGUGCACCUUCUAGGCUCCUGGCUCUGGUAAGCUCUCCUCAGGGGGGCUUCCUGUCUCCAGGAAUUCCCUCCUGGACUUGUUGCUCUGGUGAACUUCCUGUCUCUAGAAACCACCUCAGCUGAGGACUGGUAACCCUUGGUCAGGCUCAUUAGCUAAUCAGUUGUCAACUAGGCGCAUAGGGAUUUCUUUACCUCCAGGUGGAUUUGAGUUGGUUUGUUCUCCCUUUCAGGAGCUUGUCAUGGGUAGGCUGGUCUCUGACUUUCCUGAAAGGGCCAGCCCCAGUAACACAAGGUCUCUCUCAUAUAUUUCUGUUUAAUUAUCUCUGUAAAACACAGUGCAAAAUCCUGGCUUUGUAAAUAAACCACAAAUGACCAGGAUUAAUACACAAAUUUGUUAUGUUGAAUUCUUAACUUUGAUACUGAAGUGCAAUCUGUAUUCAGACUGAGAUCCAUUUUCAACCCUAACUCUGAUGUUAGGAUUGAAAAUGAAACUCAAACUUUUUUUUAUUCAUAUUUUGUGAAAAUGGAGCUAUUUAGUUAGUAUAUUUAGCCUCACAAACAAUUUUUCUUCUAAUCCUAAAGUGAGCAGAAUGUGCUAUAAUAAAAAUGCUAUUAUAUCUUCAAAGAUGAGUGUAAAUAAAAUAAUGUGAAUGUCCAG